AUAUUCGUUAUGAUAUCCCUGAACUUAAGGGAGAUAAUUAUAAGGUCUGGAAGGAGAGAGUUCUUCUUCAUUUAGGGUGGAUGGACAUAGACUAUGCUAUUAGGAAAGACGAACCACCAGCACUCACUGAUACCAGCAAUGCAGCAGCCAUCGCACUUUAUGAGCGAUGGGAGCGAUCUAAUCGCUUAAGCAUGAUGUUCAUUAAGACUAGAAUAUCUGCUGGUAUUCGUGGUUCUGUUGAUCAGCAUGAAAAGGUCUGAGACUUGCUAAAGGCCAUUGAUGAACAAUUUGUCACUUCAGACAAGGCACUAGCAACCACCCUAAUCAUGAAGUUCUCAUCCCUAAGGCUCACUAAUGUGAAAGGUGUGCGUGAGCACAUCAUGCAAAUGAGGGAAAAUGUGGCUUAAUUGAAGAAACUCGAGGUUGAAAUGUCGGAGUCCUUCCUGGUGCACUACAUCUUGAACACCCUCCCGCAUCAAUAUGGACCAUUCAAAAUCUCAUACAACACACAUAAGGAUAAAUGGUCAAUUAAUGAACUCAUGACCAUGUGUGUUCAAGAGGAAAGGAGACUGAUGAUGGAACAGGGUGAAAGUGCAAUGCUGGCAACGCAUGAAAAGGGCAAAUCUCAAGCCAAACUGAAAGGAAAAGGCAAAAUAACUCCCCAAUGUGGUAUUAAGAAAGAUUCCAGGUGUUUUUUCUGUAAAAAUAAAGGACACAUGAAUAAGGAAUGCGCCAAAUUCCAGAAAUGGCUUGCAGACAAAGGGUUUGCAAAACCUAAGGAAGCCAGUUGGAAGUGAGCGAAGCAUCUUAUUAGGAAACAAGAUGGGCUCGCAUGUGGAAGCUGUAGGAAUUUGCUAUUUAAUUUUAUCUAGUGGUUUUGUUUUAAAGUUGGAAAAGACCUUUUAUGUUUCAAGUUUCUCUAGAAACUUGAUUUCAGUUUCAAGACUAGUACAUUUUGAAUAUUCCUUUAAUUUUUCAAAUUCAUCAUUCAGUUUAUUUUAUAAAUCUGAUUGU